ACGCAACGCCGCAGCAAAUAUGACGAACAUCUUGCGCGUGAAGUGCGCUGUUAUUGGAGACGCCGCUAUCGGCAAGACGGCCCUGAUGCAAGUGUUUCUGCACGACCGAAGCUACUUUCCCAAAAACUAUUCAAUGACAACCGGAGUUACGCUUUCGGUCGGCAAAGUCAACAUACCGGACACCAAGGACGCUGUCGAGCUCUACCUGUACGACUGCUCAGGAAAAGAAGUCUAUCUUGAUUUUGUCCAGGAGUUGGCGAGUAUUAAUCCUACUGCAGAUUUAUGAUCAGACAAAAA